CAUGGAGGAUUUUCAGGAACUAACAGGAAAGCAGGAUCAGCGGUGAGCGUCGCGCGUGUUGAGCGGGGCCGCUGCGCGUCUUCUCCGGUGUGAGUCUCCGCGAUGGCCGCUGUGGGUCCCGCGUCUCCGCCGCCGCCGCCACUCUGGAUGCACCGGGAUCUGAGUCGCGCGGCGGCCGAGGAGCUGCUGGCUCGAGCCGGGCGGGACGGGAGUUUCCUGGUGCGGGACAGCGAGAGCGUCAGCGGCGCGUACGCCCUAUGCGUGCUGACGUCUCAGGGAGUUCAGCCCAAGCGCUUUAAGACUCUCCCGGAGCUGAUUCAGUUGUAUCUGCAGCCCAGUCAAGGUCUGGUGACCACACUGCUGUAUCCAGUGGAGAGAGAGGAAACCACAGAGGACAGAGAUUACUCUACCGCUGCGCUCUUCACAGACACAGCUCUGAAGGCUCUUCAGGACAUGAGCUCCUCCACUCCGGCCAUCUCACCGCUGCUCUCCAUCAGAAACAAAGUCAUUCCUGUGCAAACCUUCGAGGUGAAACUGGACGUGUAUCUGGCCGACCUGACGAAGAUCGGCAAGAGUCAGAAGUAUUCUCUGAGUGUGGACGUGGAGGGAGGAAAACUGGUGGUGAUGAAGAAAAUGAAGGACGCGCAGGAAGACUGGAACACGUUCACACAUGACAAGAUUCGGCAGCUGAUAAAGUCUCAGCGUGUUCAGAAUAAACUCGGAAUCGUCUUUGAAAAGGAAAAAGACAAAAGCCAGAGGAAAGAUUUCAUCUUCGCCAGUGCAAAGAAAAGGGAAGCGUUCUGCCAACUACUGCAGCUCAUGAAGAACAAACAUUCCAAUCAGGACGAGCCGGACAUGAUCUCCAUCUUCAUCGGCACAUGGAACAUGGGCAGUGUUCCUGCUCCUAAACCUCUGGGCUCCUGGAUCUUGUCUCGGGGUUUGGGGAAGACUCUGGAUGAGAUGGCGGUCACCAUCCCUCACGACAUCUAUGUGUUCGGUACGCAGGAGAACUCUGUGUGCGAUAAAGAAUGGGUGGAAACGCUGCGCUGCUCGCUCAAAGAGUACACCGACAUGGAGUACAAACCGAUCGCUGUGCAGACGCUCUGGAACAUUAAGAUCGUGGUGUUGGUGAAGGCAGAGCAUGAGAACCGCAUCAGUCAUGUGGGAAUGUCCAGCGUCAAAACGGGAAUCGCCAACACACUCGGAAACAAAGGUGCAGUGGGCGUGUCCUUCAUGUUUAAUGGCACAUCGUUUGGAUUCGUUAAUUGUCACCUGACGUCCGGCAAUGAGAAAAUCCACAGGCGCAACCAGAACUACCUGGACAUCCUGCGUCAGCUCUCUCUGGGCGAUAAACAGCUGAACUCCUUCGACAUCUCGCUCCGGUUCACUCACCUGUUCUGGUUUGGUGACCUCAACUACCGACUUGACAUGGACAUACAGGAAAUCCUCAACUACAUCAACAGGAAGGAGUUUGAUCCGCUGCUGAAGGUGGACCAGCUGAACCUGGAGAGAGAGAAGAACAAGAUCUUCCUGCGCUUUGCGGAGGAGGAGAUCUCAUAUCCCCCCACAUACCGUUACGAGCGCGGCUCUCGAGACACUUACGUCUGGCAGAAGCAGAAGGCCACGGGGAUGCGGACCAACGUUCCUUCAUGGUGCGACAGAAUCCUGUGGAAAUCAUAUCCAGAGACACACAUCGUCUGCAACUCAUACGGCUGUACGGAUGAUAUCGUGACGAGUGAUCACUCUCCAGUGUUCGGCACAUUUGAGGUCGGCGUCACCUCUCAGUUUGUCUCUAAGAAAGGUCUGCCAAAGUCUUCAGAGCAGGCCUACAUUGAGUUCGAGAACAUCGAGGCCAUCGUGAAGACCGCCAGCAGAACCAAAUUCUUCAUCGAGUUUUACUCGACGUGUCUGGAGGAGUUCAAGAAGAGCUAUGAGAAUGACACUCAGAGCAGUGAUAAUGUGAAUUUCCUGCGCGUGGGCUGGUCCUCCAAGCAGCUGACCACACUGAAGCCCAUCCUGUCCGACAUCGAGUACCUGCAGGACCAGCACCUGCUGCUCACUGUCAAAUCCCUGGACGGAUAUGAGUCCUACGGCGAGUGUGUUCUGGCUCUGAAGUCUAUGAUCGGCAGCACAGCGCAGCAGUUUCACACGUAUCUCUCUCACCGCGGCGAGGAAACCGGAAACAUCCGCGGCUCCAUGAGGGUCCGCGUGCCAUCAGAGCGCAUGGGCACCAGAGAACGGCUCUACGAGUGGAUCAGUGUGGAUAAAGACGACAUGGGCGGCCCAAAGGGCAGAACUCUUCCUCCUCGAUCAUCACAUGAUUAUGUAAAACCGACCAGCAGCAGCAGCAGCAUCAGGAAACACGGAUCAGCAGAACUCAGCAGAGUCUCAGAGGAGGGAGAGAAGAGCAGCACCAGCAGACACACACACACUAAAGAGGAGAACACGCACAACAGAGGCAAGCAGGAUCCAUUUGAGAGCGACGCCACAACAUGCAAAAACAGCUUCAAUAACCCCGCCUACUACAUUCUAGAAGGCGUCCCCAACCAAUCAGCUGCUCUGGCUUCUGAUAUACUCCCAGGCUCCGCCCUCCCUCCGCUGGCCAAUAAGACGACGGCUCCCCCUGCUGGCAGUGUGGGGAAGAGCAAACCUCCCAGUGGAAGCUCCGCCCAGGGCCGCUGGCAGACAUCUGGACGCUCGGUUCGACCAAUCAGUGAAGAGGGCUCAUCAGAGGAUGAUGGGAAUAUUGGACCCCACGCUGGCUCGCUGAACCGCCCCCCACCGGAUUUCCCUCCACCGCCACUGCCCAAGGCUGCUCUGGAGAUGUCAGAAAACUCAUUCGGGAAACCGCGGGUAUUUUCAGAUCUCGCUGACGGUAAAAUCCCCCCGCCGUCCAAACCAUUGGUGUCUCCCGGCUUGACUCCACCCCCAGGAGGAGCCCCAGGAGGAGGCGUGGCCUUCUGUAUAGAGUCUCCACCUGUGUUGAGUCCAAACUCCGCCCCUUUCCGUAGAGGGGGCGGCGCCUCAGCGCUGGAUGAUCAGUCGUGUUCGGUGCUCCAGAUGGCCAAAACCCUGAGUGAGGUGGAGUAUCCAUCGGGCAGGGAGCGCGGGGCCUCACAGGGGCCGACAGGGCCACAGCUGAGGGGUCUGAGCUUCCCUUCACAUCCCAUCCAGGAGGAGAGCAUCGCUGAGGACCUGCCGGAGGAGGGGGGUCUGUGGGGUGCUGAGAGCAGCAGCAGUAGUCUGUCAGUGGACUGCAGUGUCGGCGAGUGGCUCCAGAAGCUCGGCCUUCAGCAUUAUGAGGAGGGACUACUGCACAAUGGCUGGGAUGACCUGGAGUUCCUCAGUGACAUCACCGAGGAGGAUUUGGAGGAGGCAGGGGUUCGUGACCCCGCCCACAAGAAGAUCCUGUUGGCCAGCCUGAAGCAGCAGCAGAAGUGAGCCAAUCACGAUCCGGCCUCAGCAGCUGUGCCUUCCUGACAAAUAUUGCACUGGUGAAUCUGACCUGAG